CUGAUGGUAAAGCGCUAAUUUUAGGAAGUUAGCAGUUUCUUUUCUCUGCAUGCACCUCCUGCCUACAGGGUACCAACUCUACAACGCUGCAGGCUUUGCAGGCAGAGAGUAGAAAGGACAUCAGCAGAAAAACGGAAGCAAAAUAAAAGCUCGAAGUAUGCUUUACCUGAGAAGCUGAGGCUGUGGAUAAGGUUUGCCCCAAGCUUUCCUUUGUGCCUGUGGACCUGAGCCCAAGGCUCUUGGAUUCAACUGUUGAAGAGAGAAAACAUGAUCGUCCAGUCUUCGCUUCUCAUUUGCCUUUUCCUGCUUAUCUCUGGUUCCUGUGAGUUCUUUGCUGAAGCAAAUUAUUCUAGAAGCUAUCCUUGCGAUGAGAGAAAGCAGAAUGGCUCCGUUCUCGCCGACUGUAACAGUCGUCGACUACAAGAAGUUCCCCAAACAGUGGGCAGAUAUGUAACAGAACUAGACCUGUCUGAUAACUUCAUCAAGCACAUAACGAAUGAAUCAUUUCAAGGGCUGCAAAAUCUUACUAAAAUAAAUCUAAAUCACAAUGCAGUGAAUAAUGAUGGCAUGAAUAUUACAGACGGGGCAUUCCUGCAUCUAAAAAACCUACGGGUGUUACUGCUUGAAGACAACCAGUUACACCAGAUACCUGCUGGUUUGCCAAAGUCUUUGAAAGAACUUAGUCUAAUCCAAAACAAUAUCACUGUGGUAACUAAAAAGAACACUUCGGGACUAAAGAACUUGGAAAGUCUUUAUUUAGGCUGGAACUGCUAUUUUGGCCAUGAUUGUAAAAAAAUUUUUGACAUAGAAAAUGGAACAUUUGAGAGGCUUACACAUUUGAAAGUGCUAUCACUAUCUUUCAAUGAUCUUUCCCAUGUGCCACCAAAACUGCCUCGCUCCCUAACCGAACUUUAUCUUAGCAACACCAACAUCCAAAAUAUUGGUCAAGAAGACUUCAAGGAAUUGAAAAAUUUAACCAUACUCGAUUUAAGUGGUAACUGCCCGAGGUGUUUCAAUGCACCAUUUCCAUGCAAACCUUGUUAUGGAAACUCUUCAAUUCAGAUCCAUCCCCUUGCGUUUCAAACCCUGACCCAACUUCGCUACCUAAACCUCUCUAGCACUUCCCUCCAGAAGAUUCCUGCAACCUGGUUUUACAAUAUGAGUCAACUAAAGGUGCUGUAUCUUGAAUUUAACUACUUAGUGCAUGAAAUAGCCUCUGGGGCAUUUUUAAGGUACCUUCCAUCUUUAGAAAUACUUGACUUAUCUUUCAACUAUGCAAGGACGGAAUAUCCACAAUAUAUAAAUAUUUCCGAAAACUUCUCUAAGCUUAUGUCUCUCCAGGUAUUGCAUUUAAGAGGUUACGUGUUCCAGGAACUUAGAAAAGAAGACUUCCUGCCUCUGCUAGGGCUCCCCAACUUAAAGGCUAUCAACCUGGGCAUUAACUUUAUUAAGCAAAUUGAUUUUACCAUCUUCCAGCAUUUCCACAAACUGAGUAUCAUUUAUCUGUCAGAAAACAGAAUAUCUCCCCUAGUAAAUGACAUCAGGCAAGAUUAUACAAACAGUUCAUCUUCCCAAAGUCAUAUCCUUAAACCACGCUCAGCACAUACUGAGUUUGACCCACAUUCGAAUUUUUAUCAUGACACCAGACCGUUAGUAAAGCCACAAUGUAGCAUUUACGGCAAAGCCUUAGAUUUAAGCUUGAACAGUAUUUUCUUCAUUGGGCAAAAGCAAUUUGAAGCUUUUGGUGACAUCGCCUGUUUAAAUCUGUCUGCAAACGGCAAUGGCCAAGUGUUACAUGGAACUGAGUUUUCGGCUGUGCCUCAUGUCAAAUACUUGGAUUUGACAAACAACAGACUAGACUUUGAUGAUGACAAAGCUCUCACUGAACUGGUUGAAUUAGAAGUUCUAGAUCUUAGCUAUAACGCGCACUAUUUCAGAAUAGCUGGGGUAACGCACCGUCUAGGAUUCAUCAAAAAUUUAACACAGCUAAAAGUUUUAAACUUGAGCCACAACAGCAUUUACACUUUAACAGAGUAUAAUCUGACAAGCAUGUCCCUGGAAGAAUUAGUCUUCAGUGGAAACCGCCUUGAUCUUUUGUGGAAUGACGAGGACGACAGGUACUGGCAUUUUUUCACAUUUCUCAGGAAUCUGACACGGCUUGAUCUAUCCUUUAAUAACCUUCGGCGCAUCCCGAAUGAAGCCUUCUCUAACUUGCCCCAGAGCCUCACAGAACUAUACAUAAACAAUAAUAUGUUACAUUUCUUUAACUGGACACUACUCCAGCAGUUUCCUCACCUCCGCUUGCUUGACUUAAGCAGGAACAAGCUGUCCACCUUAACUAACAGCCUGUCUACAUUUACCUCUUCUCUUCAGACCCUGCUGCUGAGGCAAAACAGGAUCUCCCACCUGCCCUCUGGCUUCUUUUCUGAAGCCAGAGGUCUGGUCCACCUCGAUUUAAGUUCCAACCUGAUAAAGAUGAUCAACAAAUCCACGCUUCAAACGAAGACAGCCACCAACCUCGCUGUUUUAGAACUAGGAGGAAACCCUUUUGACUGCACAUGUGACAUUGGAGAUUUUCGAAGAUGGAUGGAUGAAAAUCUGAAUGUCUCAAUUCCUAGACUGACAGAUGUCAUUUGUGCCAGUCCUGGAGAUCAAAGAGGGAAGUGUAUUGUGAGUCUAGAGCUAACAACUUGCGUUUCAGAUGCCAUCGCGGCAAUAUUCUUCUUCUUCACCUUCUUUGUUACCACCAUGGUUAUGUUGACGGCCGUGGCCCACCAUCUGUUUUACUGGGAUGUUUGGUUUAUCUACCACGUGUGCUUAGCGAAGAUAAAAGGGUACAGGUCUCUUUCCACAUCUCAAACUUUCUAUGAUGCCUACAUUUCUUAUGACACCAAAGAUGCCUCUGUCACCGACUGGGUGCUAAAUGAGCUGCGCUACCACCUCGAGGAGAGUGAAGACAAAAAUGUUCUCCUGUGUUUGGAGGAGAGGGAUUGGGACCCGGGAUUAGCCAUCAUCGAUAACCUCAUGCAGAGCAUCAACCAAAGCAAAAAAACCAUAUUUGUUUUAACCAAAAAAUAUGCAAAGAACUGGAACUUUAAGACAGCUUUCUACUUGGCCCUGCAGAGGCUAAUGGAGGAGAACAUGGACGUGAUCAUUUUCAUUCUGCUGGAGCCAGUGCUACAGCAUUCUCAGUAUCUGAGGCUGCGGCAGCGGAUCUGCAAGAGCUCCAUCCUCCAGUGGCCUGACAACCCCAAGGCAGAAGGCCUGUUCUGGCAAAGUCUGAAAAACGUGGUCUUGACUGAAAAUGAUUCACGGUAUAACAAUUUGUACGUUGAUUCCAUUAAGUAAUACUAACUGAUGUGAAGUCAUUGUUCAACGACGUAAUAAAAAUGCAAAGCAACUA